AUGGAGCUGGCGGCCUGGUGCCGCUGGGGGCUCCUCCUCGCCCUCCUGCCCCCCGGAGCCGCGGGCACCCAAGUGUGCACCGGCACAGACAUGAAGCUGCGGCUGCCGGCCAGUCCCGAGACCCACCUGGACAUGCUCCGCCACCUCUACCAGGGCUGUCAGGUGGUGCAGGGUAACCUGGAGCUCACCUACCUGCCCGCUAAUGCCAGCCUCUCCUUCCUGCAGGAGAUCCAGGAGGUGCAGGGCUACGUGCUCAUCGCUCACAACCGAGUGAGUCAGGUCCCCCUGCAGAGGCUGCGGAUUGUGCGAGGCACCCAGCUGUUCGAGGACAACUAUGCCCUGGCCGUGCUGGACAAUGGAGACCUUCUCGAAAGUGCCACGUCUGCUGCACGCGCUGCUCUGGGAGGGCUGCAGGAGCUGCAGCUGCGAAGCCUCACAGAGAUGCUGAAGGGAGGGGUCUUGAUCCAGCGGAACCCCCAGCUCUGCCACCAGGACACGAUUUUGUGGAAGGACAUCUUCCACAAGAACAACCAGCUGGCCCUCAUGCUGAUAGACACCAACCGCUCACGGGCCUGCCCACCCUGUUCUCCAGCUUGUAAAGCUCCCCGCUGCUGGGGAGAAAGUUCCAAGGACUGUCAGAGCUUGACGCGAACCGUCUGUGCCAGCGGCUGUGCCCGCUGUAAGGGCCCGCAGCCCACUGACUGCUGCCACGAGCAGUGUGCUGCCGGCUGCACGGGCCCCAAGCACUCUGACUGUCUGGCCUGCCUCCACUUCAACCACAGUGGCAUCUGUGAGCUGCACUGCCCAGCUCUGGUCACCUACAACACGGACACCUUCGAGUCCAUGCCCAACCCCGAGGGCCGUUAUACCUUCGGCGCCAGCUGCGUGACCGCCUGUCCUUACAACUACCUGUCCACGGACGUGGGAUCCUGCACCCUGGUUUGUCCCCUGAACAACCAAGAGGUGACAGCUGAGGAUGGAACCCAGCGGUGUGAGAAAUGCAGCAAGCCCUGUGCCCGAGUGUGCUAUGGUCUGGGCAUGGAACACCUGCGGGAGGUGAGGGCGGUCACCAGUGCCAACAUCCAGGAGUUUGCUGGCUGCAAGAAGAUCUUUGGGAGCCUGGCGUUUCUGCCGGAGAGCUUUGAGGGGGACCGAGCCUCCAACACUGCCCCCCUACAGCCUGAGCAGCUCAGAGUAUUUGAGUCUCUGGAGGAGAUCACAGGUUACCUGUACAUCUCAGCGUGGCCAGACAGCCUGCCGGACCUCCGCGUCUUCCAGAAUCUGCGAGUAAUCCGGGGACGAAUUCUGCAUGAUGGUGCCUACUCGCUGACCCUGCAAGGGCUGGGCAUCCGCUGGCUGGGGCUGCGCUCGCUGCGGGAACUGGGCAGUGGGCUGGCCCUCAUCCACCGCAACGCCCGCCUCUGCUUUGUACACACGGUGCCCUGGGACCAGCUCUUCCGGAACCCCCACCAGGCCCUGCUCCACAGUGCCAACCGGCCAGAGGUCGAGUGCGUGGGCGAGGGCCUGGCCUGCUACCCGCUGUGUGCCCACGGGCACUGCUGGGGUCCAGGGCCCACCCAGUGCGUCAACUGCAGCCAGUUCCUUCGGGGCCAGCAGUGCGUGGAAGAAUGCCGNNCUCUCCUCAGGCUCCCCCGGGAGUACGUGAAGGACAGGUACUGUCUGCCGUGCCACCCUGAGUGUCAGCCCCAGAAUGGCUCAGUGACCUGCUUUGGCUCGGAGGCUGACCAGUGUGUGGCUUGCACCCACUACAAGGAUCCUCCCUUCUGCGUGGCUCGCUGCCCCAGUGGUGUGAAGCCUGACCUCUCCUUCAUGCCCAUCUGGAAGUUUGCAGAUGAGGAGGGCAUGUGCCAGCCGUGCCCCAUCAACUGCACCCACUCCUGUGUGGACCUGGAUGACAAGGGCUGCCCCGCCGAGCAGAGAGCCAGCCCUGUGACGUCCAUCAUUGCCGCUGUGGUGGGCAUUCUGCUGCUCGUUGUCGUGGGGCUGGUCUUCGGCAUCCUCAUCAAGCGACGGCGGCAGAAGAUCCGGAAGUAUACGAUGCGGAGGCUGCUGCAGGAGACAGAGCUGGUGGAGCCCCUGACACCGAGCGGAGCGAUGCCAAAUCAGGCUCAGAUGCGGAUCCUGAAAGAGACAGAGCUGAGGAAGGUGAAGGUGCUUGGAUCCGGAGCUUUUGGCACCGUCUACAAGGGCAUCUGGAUCCCCGAUGGGGAAAAUGUGAAAAUCCCAGUGGCCAUCAAAGUGUUGAGGGAAAACACAUCCCCCAAAGCCAACAAAGAAAUCUUGGACGAAGCAUAUGUGAUGGCUGGUGUAGGGUCCCCAUACGUGUCCCGCCUUCUGGGCAUCUGCCUGACAUCCACGGUGCAGCUGGUGACACAGCUUAUGCCCUAUGGCUGCCUCCUAGACCACGUCCGGGAGCACCGCGGGCGCCUGGGCUCCCAGGACCUNCUGAACUGGUGUGUGCAGAUUGCCAAGGGGAUGAGCUACUUGGAGGAUGUGCGGCUCGUGCACAGGGACCUGGCUGCCCGGAAUGUGCUGGUCAAGAGUCCCAACCAUGUCAAGAUUACAGACUUCGGGCUGGCUCGGCUGCUGGACAUUGAUGAGACAGAGUACCAUGCGGAUGGGGGCAAGGUGCCCAUCAAGUGGAUGGCGUUGGAGUCCAUUCUCCGCCGGCGGUUCACCCACCAGAGUGAUGUGUGGAGCUAUGGUGUGACUGUGUGGGAGCUGAUGACUUUUGGCGCCAAACCUUACGAUGGGAUCCCAGCCCGGGAGAUCCCUGACCUCCUGGAGAAGGGGGAACGGCUGCCCCAGCCCCCCAUCUGCACCAUUGAUGUCUACAUGAUCAUGGUCAAAUGUUGGAUGAUUGACUCUGAAUGUCGGCCGAGGUUCCGGGAGUUGGUGGCCGAAUUCUCCCGCAUGGCCAGGGACCCCCAGCGCUUUGUGGUCAUCCAGAAUGAAGACUUGGGCCCUACCAGCCCCUUGGACAGCACCUUCUACCGCUCACUGCUGGAGGAUGAUGACAUGGGGGACCUGGUGGAUGCUGAGGAGUACCUGGUACCCCAGCAAGGCUUCUUCUGCCCAGACCCUGCCCCGGGCUCUGGGGGCACAGCCCACCGCAGGCACCGCAGCACAUCCACCAGGAGUGGCGGUGGUGAGCUGACGCUGGGUCUGGAGCCCUCGGAGGAGGAGCCCCCCAGGUCUCCGCUGGCACCUUCCGAAGGGGCCGGCUCUGAUGUGUUUGACGGUGACUUGGGAAUGGGGGCAGCCAAGGGGCUGCAGAACCUCCCCCAACAUGACUCCAGCCCUCUACAGCGGUACAGCGAGGACCCCACAGUACCGCUUCCUCCCGAGACCGAUGGCUACGUUGCCCCCCUGACCUGCAGCCCCCAGCCCGAAUAUGUGAACCAGCCAGAGGUUCGGCCACAGCCCCCCUCACCCCUAGAGGGCCCUCGGCCUCCUCCUCGACCUGCCGGUUCCACUCUGGAAAGGCCCAAGACUCUCUCCCCUGGGAAGAAUGGGGUUGUCAAAGACAUUGUUGCCUUUGGGGCUGCCGUGGAGAACCCCGAGUACUUGGCGCCCCGGGGCAGGGCUGCCCCUCAGUCCCACUCUUCUCCGGCCUUCAGCCCAGCCUUUGACAACCUCUAUUACUGGGACCAGGACCCAUCAGAGCGGGGCUCUCCACCCAGCACCUUUGAAGGGACCCCUACAGCAGAGAACCCUGAGUACCUGGGUCUGGACAUGCCAGUAUGA